AUGGGGGAGACAACCAGAGACGCAUCUUCCAGCAAAUCACGCGCCUUGCUCGUUGCAAGGAGCGGUCCACAUUUCGGCGACGGAAACCACAACGAGAAUAGCCACAAUUCGGAGAGCCGUUCGUCCUAG